AAAUCGUAAUAAUAUUUAAUACGGCCGUUCUCCAAAGAAGUGGCUUUGACUCGAGCUUUUAACUAUAAAUAACCAUAAUGACGGUCCUCCCUCCUUCAAUCUGGCUUGUGUAAAUCAUUUCCUCUACUUUUCUAAUUCUUCGCUUGGUGUACACUAUCUGGCACGCUCCUACUUUCUCACUACUCUCUCGUCCCAGCCUACCUACCUCCACUUCCUCUUUCAUCUGUAGUUCUGUAUGGACUGUCAGGAUCAAAAAAAGAUGAUGAGUUCAUCUGGGCAUGAUGGUCAUGGUGUUCAUCUUUGUCACAAAUGUGGAUGGCCAUUUCCUAACCCACAUCCCAGUGCCAAGCACAGACGAGCGCACAAGAGGAUUUGCGGAACUAUCGAAGGGUACGCGCUGAUUCAGUCGGAGGAGACUGCCCGCUUGCCCGCUUCUGAUGAUGGACGCCUUUCUGACGAAGAUCAGCGAACACCGAGCCCGAAAAUUUUGGCCCGAAGUAAUAAUGACAAUGGGAGUGGUGGAAUUGGGGAAAGAUCGAAUAGAUCGGAGGAUGAAGUGUUUUCAGACGCUGUCAUGGAAUUUUCAGAUCCUGGUUUUAGUCCAAGAAGUGAAGGGCCAUUGGAGGACGCCAGAAUAUCUUUUACUAAAGCGGAAAAAAUUGUGGAAGAUGCUACUGGAGCAUUUAAUGGUACUGCAACUGCUGAUCUAGAUAUUAUUCAACCGCCAAAAGAUCCAACAGCGAGUAGUGAUGGCUGUGAUGUGCAAAACUGUGAAGCUCUUGAAAGUGCACCGGUGGCCACAUUACCUAGAGUUCAUAACUCAAGUUCCAUGGUCAAUUCGAUAGUAAGUUCAAAUUCAGAAUUCAGAUCUGAGGAUUUAGCUUUUGGGCUCCAAAGUGAUGGUAAGGGUCCAGGCCCUGAAGUGUGCAAUGAUACAUCCAAAGGGAAUAUCAAUGCUAAUAGUGGAGAUAAUGUGAUGCAGUAUUCCACGGCAUGUAUUGAGAUGGAAAAUGAUGCAAAGGAGAUUAUGGAAAAUUAUGUAGACAGCACUUCAGCUGAGAUUGCUAUCUCACCCUCUAAAACUGUUUGUGAUUCAUCUGAGGGAUGUCAUAAUUUACUGGAGAUGGAUAGAAAAUUUUCAGAUCCUAUGUUCUCAGGCAUAGUUGAUCUAAAGGAAGUGCAUAGUGAUGGGCUAAUACCUAAUAUAGCCCCUGAUGAUCACGUUGAAGCUGAAUCCUCGCACCAUACUGAUGCAAUUAUCAUGGAUACUGCAACAACAGUCAAUAGUGCCCAAGAAUUAAGUGUUUUAAGUUGUGAUUUGGUUGAAGGUAGCAACAUGGAGGGAGGAGGGAGUGCAGUUGCACAUCUUUCGGUGUCUGAUGAUAUACAUGUAAAAGAACAUCCUGCAAUCAUGCUUGAAGAUUUUAGGGGCCAUAAAUUGAUGAAGUCGGACCUGCUAACUCCUGAUUUUGGUGAAACAGUUAGAGUAGAAGAUGGUAUUAAAGCUGCUGUUUCUGAGGAGAAUCUUUUCAGUUUCCAAUCGAGCGACUUCGGUGGAAAUAAAGACAAGGGAAGUAAGCUUGUAGUUGAAGAAGCAUCUGUUAAAAGAGAAGCUGAUGACUCUGAACUAAAGGUUGUGAGCAGACAAAAACCUCGAUCAAAUGAUGGAGAUGCAUCUGAGGGUGAUGCAAGGAGUGAGACUGAGAUGAAAAUGGACCACAGAGUUUGUUCUUGUGAAGAACGGGAGCCUCAUGAUCUUCUGAGUAAUUCAGCACGAGAGAUACUGCCUACAAAGACCACAAUUACUGCUGGUUUGAAUCCUUUGGUUUCUCCAGUGGAUGCUGAAGCUAGGCAAAUGACUAAGUCAACUGCAAGUGAUUGUGCCGGUAACAAUGCAAACUAUCUAAUUGGAAUUUGUGAUACAGUUGGAAAUGAUGGCAAGGAAGUGGCAAAAGGUGAAGAUUUCAUAGCGAACACAGAAACACCCCCUGAAUUUGCUUGUACUCUCUCUGAAAAUGAUGUCCAUUGUUUUACCAGCUUACUUGGAGUUGAUGAUACAGAUGAUCAUACAAUUAAAGAUGAAAAAAGUGAUUUCGCUGGAGAUGAGAGCGGAAUAGGUGCUAUAGAGGGACAUAGAAAAAUGAACUCAACAAUGGCCCCUGAAUGUGCAAGUUGUUCUGCUGAACCGCAACGUAUGGAUGAUGGAAGGGAUGGUUCUGUGAACUUAAAAAAAGAAACUGAGUCAAUUUAUGUGGAUCGAGUUUGUGAUUCUAGCAGAGUUGGUAAUGAUAUGACCGACAUGACUUAUAUGAGCAAAUCUCAUUCUGAUCUGCAAAAGCUUGGGGAUGAAGAGAUUCAUGAAGGCAUAAAUGAUCUACAAAUCAAUGGCAACAAAAAAGUACAGGAAGAUUGUGUUGGUGUUGUUGGUGAGACUGCUAAAUCAAAUGAAAAUGGUGAUAUAUCUCAGACUUGUGAGCCAAUGAUUUCACCUGCAACUGACAAGUCUUUUGUUCAAUGUUUAUCUGGUAGCGGAGGUAGAGAGUUUGAUACAAGUACUUCUGCUAUGAUAUCUGAAUCCUUGCUAGAAGAAGAUGAUUGCUACCCUAACAAACAUCAGCUUAGCAUUUUGGCAAUAGAAAAUUUAGUGAAUUUGAGCAGCCAAACUGAUAGUCUGGAAGGCGACUGGGGUUCUGUUUCAGUAGUGUCCACCCAAUCUGAUACUCCGGCAGUUGAUGCUGAAGCUUUACCAUCAAAUGAUUCCCAAAAUUCAGCACAAGGAGAGAAGGCCAACUUGAUGAAGCUAACUGUGUCUGAGGGACAUAAUUGUGAAAAAUCAGAUAACUUUGAGCCACCAUCUUUCAUGACACUAGUUGAAUCAACAGCUGUGGCUGAAGAAAAAUCUGCUUCCAAUACCCAGACGGCAGAGAUCUUUCAACAGGCAGAACCUGCGUCUUUACAAGCUGCUUGGUUUCCAUCUGUUUCCAAUGUUGUGAAUGAGUCACCUGGGAGAAAGAAGAAUGAAGAGAUUAUUGCCAAGGUAACAAACUGGAACACUGCGAAACAACACACUCCAUUGAAAAGCCUUUUAGGUGAAGCCAAUAUUGAAACCAAAGCAAAGUUGCCCAAUCCAAAAGAAAAUCCAAUUCCUGUUUCAAGGGAAGAUGAAGCCUUGGCAAAAGAUGAUGGUGCUGUAUCCACAGCAGUGAAUUUGAUUCUGGGCCACAAAGCUGCCACAGCUCAGGAUGCCAAGAUAGAGACAGCGAAGGAGUGGAACUCUCCGGCAAGAUAUCCUACGGAGAUUAAGAGGGAGAAGAGAAAAUUAAAAGGCAAGCCGUACUGGGCACAAUUUGUAUGCUGCUCAUCUGUAAAUUAGGACCUUUCAUAUUAGCCUUCUUGGUUACGUAAAUCGAGAUAUUGAUAGAUGUGGCUGCAACACUAGGAUGCUAUUCUGCUGGGGAAACAUUUGCUGCGCUACUUGAUCUAAAACUGUAUUGCCUUGGCUGUAAUUUUGUAGUCUGGUACAUAUAUCUGUUGGUUCGUUGUAUGAGUUCAUUGUUCAUGUGGUUGUAUUUGUAUUUGAAUGAUUAGCUCAAGUUCAUGUGUAGAUUUGGGUUUACAGCUUA